GCCCGCCAUUGCCAAGAAAGGGAACGUGGUCUUCUUGAAACAGUUCACGAUCCCCUUUCUUCAUUGAUUGAGUUAGAUAAUUGAAUCUACACGUGUCAUAUGUAGGAGUAUUCCAAUCGAUAAAAUCUUUUCCUCACUCCUCUCUCUCUCUCUUGCUAGCUCGGCUCCCAAGGACCCGAAAAGGGGGGAAAAAACGAAAAAUAAAUAAAUAAAUAAAUAAAAAUCUGUGAUCCAUCUUGGAUUCGUAUAAGUGAUUCAUCAAUUCGGUUGGUGGUGGAGUGGCAAUUUGGUGUUCUUGGGGGAAAUUCAUCUUGAGGAAGAAUUUAAAUUCUUCGAUUUCUUCGAGAAGCAGAUGAUUUUGGCAACUUUCUCAUAUUUGGAGAGGUACUUCACCUCCGUACAGCUUUAAAUUCCUUUAUAUGGAAGGUUAGUUCCUAUCUUCUCCCCAGCUGAUCCGGUAGUUUGUUCGCCCUCUUAGAAUUUUUUCCGCUCUGGGUAGCUUACAUAGUUUUCGUGUGUUCCUUGGAGAAGUCUUGGAGUUAAUCUUGGCCCGUUUGGCUAUAACUUUUUGCUGAUCAACUGCGCUCUUGGGCUGAGUAUCAUUGUUUGUUUCGGUAGAUUGUUAUGCUAUUUUUAAUGGUUCCAGGUUUUGAGUAACCUUCCAGGCUUUUCCAAAGUUUGUAGGGGGUAAGAAAUGAAGAGUUAAAGAAGUGAUUGAUCAAGUGUUUGGAGAGAAUUAUUGGCAAGUUUUGUUAGUUAUUAACUUAUUACUGCUUUUACGAAGAGGGGAUGAUGGAAGGGAUGAUGGAAGAGAUGUCUCCAGCAGUUGCAGUUACUCUUGGCUUUGGUAAUUCUAUAUGUGAAAAUCCAGGAAUUACAAACCAUGUAGAAAUCAUGCGGCUCAAACUAGUGACAGAUGCAGCAAGCUUGCUGUCAGAUCCUGCACCAGUACCAAAUGAUGUUUCUAAUUCUAGUUCGGAUACUGGGGUUCCUGGAAGGACUGAUGUGAAACCUGAUAUAUCCCAGGUGAUACAUACGGCUGAAAUUGGUCAGUUAAUCCACAGUACCGUGAUUCAAGAAAUUGAAGAAGAUGAAAUCUUAUCAGCGGGGGAUGACCCUAGUGUAAUUAAUAGCUUGGAGUUACUGCCCUUGGAUCCCACUUCAAAUUUAAGCUUGCCACUAAAUGCUGCUUUAGAUAGAAGCUUGCCCAUUGCUGUCGAAAUUGAGGGCACUGAGAAUGGUCAAAUAGUUGCAAAAGUCAUCAGUGUGGAGGAGAGAGAUGAAGUACCCGAUGAUGUCCUAAUGACACCUGCUAAACGAAAUGAAGAAUGUACUAAUGGACCUUCAAUAAUGGCGUGUGUAGUAUCUCUUCAGUUGCCCAGUGAGAAGGGUCCAUGCAAAGGAAGUGUUAAGAGUGUCUUUGAGUUGGAGUGUGUGCCACUAUGGGGUUCAGUUUCUAUUUGCGGAGAUAGGCCAGAGAUGGAAGAUUCUGUCAUGGCUGUACCUCAUUUUGCGAAAAUUCCCACUAAGAUGCUUAUUGGCGAUAGUGUAAUGGGUGGGAUAAGUCAGACUUUAAGUCACUUGACCUCUCAUUUUUUUGGUGUGUAUGAUGGUCAUGGGGGAUCUCAGGUUGCAAAUUAUUGUCGUGACCGUAUCCAUUUAGCUUUAGUAGAAGAGCUAAAAAUUUACAAGGAUGAUUUGGUGAAUGGAAGUACUAUAGAAACACGACAGGUGCAUUGGGAGAAGGUCUUUACAAAUUGCUUUUGCAAGGUUGAUAAUGAAGUUGGGGGAAAAGCAAGCAGAAACAUUCCUAAAGAAAGUACGGAAUCCUAUAGUAACACCUUUGAAGCUGUUGCCCUGGAAACUGUUGGGUCGACUGCUGUUGUUGCAGUGCUUUGUUCGUCUCAUAUUGUAGUUGCCAACUGUGGGGACUCAAGAGCAGUUCUUUACCGUGGUAAAAAAGCAAUUGCAUUAUCAAAUGAUCAUAAACCAAACAGAGAGGAUGAAUAUGCUAGAAUUGAAGCUUCUGGGGGUAAAGUCAUACCGUGGAAUGGACACCGUGUUUUCGGUGUUCUUGCUAUGUCGAGGUCCAUUGGUGACAGAUACUUGAAACCAUGGAUUAUACCGGAACCAGAAGUCAUGUUUGUGCCCCGGGCUCGAGACGACGAGUGCCUCGUUUUGGCGAGUGAUGGGUUGUGGGACGUCAUGACUAAUGAGGAAGCAUGCGAAGCAGCUAGGAAACGGAUUUUGAUUUGGCACAAAAAGAACGGGACUAACCCAUUGGCAGAUAGAGGCCAAGGAAUCGAUCCCGCAGCGCAAGCAGCAGCCGAGUACCUUGCGUCGCUGGCACUUCAUAAAGGGAGCAGGGAUAAUAUUUCUGUGAUUGUGGUGGACUUGAAAGCGCAAAGGAAGCUCAAGAGCAGAUCAUGAUGACAUUGUUGACAAUCACUUUGGUGCUUACAUAGCCCUUGUUUGAGCCCAUUUUGGAGGAGAAAAUGAAUUUUUGAAUAGUGUAUUGAUAGAAAAUGUAUGGUUAAAAAAUAAGAAAUUUUUUUUGAUUUGCGUAUAAUAUUAUUUUAUUGAAGAAUAUGUGGUUGAAAUGAUGUUAAAUCACUAUUGAAAAAUGUAUUUUGGUGAAAAAAUGGAGCUCAAACAAGAGCAUAGUUCUUCACUUCGUAAGCAUCUCAUUAAUCCAUGAACUGUCCAUUAAUUUUA